AUGUCGAGAACGCAAAAGGGAUCCUUCUCUACGCUCGAUGGAAACGUUCGCGCCCUUGACGCCAUUACUCGAGACGUGCACAGGGUCUACCAGACAGGCGAUCGGGCUCAGCAAGAGCAUGCCGCGCAAAUCCUGAGAAGGCUCCAGGAGUUGGAUAACGACGUGGCGGCCAUCUCCGAAAGGGUGCCUCGUCUCCCGCAAGACGCCAGGACAUCUGAUGCAAGAUACGAAGAGGUCCUUCAUCGACUGGGGAAUCUCUCGACAGCCCAUCAGCCCUGGCUCGGCGUGGUCCCCCGUAUACAGGAGCUCAGGGAUCGGAUUGGGGAAUGUGAGCGGAGAUUGCUUGAUGCCAUAAACCGUCCGGAGGCCAGUCGGGAUUGCCAGCCAGCCGGCAUAUCCAGCAUGCGUGAUCGAAUUCGGGAUCUUGAGCGGCACAUGGGCGAUCUUGCGGUGAGGCGGGAGACUCUGCGGGAUCAGGACGAUGAUAGGCCGCGUCCGGGUGACAAAUCCGAGCUUACAAGACUGAGAAACCGGGUCGCACGGCUCGAGGCGCAGAGACGGCACGAGAGCGGCGAUGCUCAAAGCGCGGAGAUACGACUACUUCGCAAGCAGAUCGCUCAGCUCUCAGGGCCCGCUGGAAGUGAUCCUGCGGACGAAAUACACACGCUGAGCACGCAGAUAACAUCUCUGGAGCGUGAGAGAGCGGAGCUGGAAGAUUACAUCCGCUCUCAGGGAAACACCCACCGAGAGGAUCUAGACACUCUCUACAACCAGGUCGCGUCUCUUACAGCGGAUAGGACGUCCUUGGAAAGCACGAAUCGCCAUCUCAUAAAGCAAAUGGAGGAAGAAGGGGCGGAGGACGACCUGCCCAACGGGCUCCUUGCGCAGAUCCGUAUCUUGGAGUCUAGGGUCACACAUCUCCACGCCCAGCGCGACGUACUCCAGAACACGGCAGUAGGCCUCGAUGACCGGGUUGAAGACAGGAGCGCUGCUCUCGUAAGGACGGAGAAGCAACUCCGAGAUGCGAGGCACGAGCUGCUCCGACUGCGCAGUCUCGCCGAACCCGGCAAAGGAGAAGGGAAAGCCGCCACCGUCAUUAGCAAAGAAGACGAGGCCGAUGCGCUCCCCGACAAUGCCGAACAAAUCACAACACAGAUCGCUACGCUCCAAGACAAGCUCUCGCACGCCACGUUGCAGCGCGACACCCUUCUACGCACGCUUACCUUGCAGGACACUGCCCGUGCACAGGAUAGAACGCACAUUCGAGCUCUUGAAUCGCGCAUCCAGGUCCUGGAAAAUCAGCGCUCGCAGCUCUCCGCACGCAUCAACGAGCUCGAAGCAGCGAGGCGGGGUCUUGCGCUGAGCGAGGAGGAGCGGCAUAUGGUGGCGGAGGAGAGGCGCGGAAUGGAAGAAUUGAGGGAGCAAAAGACGCAGUUGGAGGGGUUGGUAAGACAGUUCGUCCGGCAGAGGGAGGGGGAGGAUGGUGUGUUGGCGGGAGAGAUGGAGGAUAUGGGAACCCUGGUACAGGACGUUGGUGUCGGGGCCGGCGAGGAGACGAGCAUCGACGACGGAGGAGGCGGUGAGUCCGGAUUUAAUCCUUGGGCUUGA